AAUUGCCAAGGCCCCAAAUUGCGUCGAUUGGUUUUUGUGAACUAUCUGUUGGUCUGGGUGUUUGACAUGUGGGUACAGAGGUAACGAUUCACUUACGACUAAAUUGUAAUAGGUUCUAAUAUCUAACCGGUUUUAUUGAGCAAUGUUAACCAAUUUUAGACAUCGCAGUAGAUGUAUGGGUAACUGAGCAUUGGUUGACCGGCAACCCCGCCUCUUAAAAAAGAGGAAGGUUUAUUCAUCCCAGUCUUGUCAGACCCGUGAACUGUGAUAAUUGCCAGUGGUCUUACGACUCGCUGGCUCUGAAACCUGACCCGAGCUUUGCCGGGAAAUCCUGGAUCCAGCGGCUCACCAAACCCGAGUGAGCCAAUCAGCCUCCAGAUCACCACAGCCUAAGCAUGCCUCGUGGAACCCGACCUAAGAAACCCGGUCAGCCGGCGUCUGUGGACUCCCGGCCGCCGCCCAUCGCCGAGUCUCACCCUGCACCAGAGGAGGGUAGCGGCGGCUCGCAAUGGACGCGAGACGAACCGCAGCGCCGGGGCUCCCACUACUGGUCACAGGUGCCGGGCGACCCGCUGGACCUGUUGGCAGAACUGGAGCUGUACCCGGACGGCCGGCCUGACGAGGCCGCCGAGCCGGCCGCCGCGCCCUCGUGGACGCUGGCGGAGGCGCCGGUGCCUGCGACUCGUCGGCGCGCCAUCACGCCGCUCGAGCUGUGGCCGCCGGCCGUGGACGAGGAGGCGGCCCGCCUGGCCGAGGCGGAGGCGGCCGCCGAGCAGUGGCGGCGCGCCCCGUCCGUGCUGGAGGCGGCGCCCGGCCACUGGCAGCUGGAGCCCUCCCCGGACGAGCCGCGCGGCGCCGUCCGGCCGCACCUUACCUCCGUCGGCGUCGGCCGAGUAUCCACCCUGGACAGUCUGGUGGCCAGUCUUCAGCACCGCUACCGCGGCGUGCUGGAGACCCUGGAGCGGGACGCGCUGACCCGGCCGCCGCCGGAGGAGCUGCGGCUCACGCUGCCCGCGCUGACGGCCGUAGACCAGCCGCUGGAGACCCCCGGACGCGAGCACCUGCAGUUCGCCAGGACCUGCCUCGAACAACUGAACGCCACGCUUCUGACGGGUCCGUUCAACCACUCUCCGGAGCUGGAGGAGCCGGCUGACCUGCUGCGCGCCGCGCUGCGCCAGCUGGUCAGCACGGCGGCUGCGCUGCACCACGAGCUGGAGCUGCGCAGCAUGGCGCACAGCCGGCACCGGCUGCUGCUGCAGGCGCUGCACAGGCGGCUGCAGAUCCAGUACCAGGCCAAAAUGACUGAGGUGAUAACGGAGGUGCGCGCCCAGCGGCAACUGGAAAUGGAGCGCCUCUCGGGUCAGAUCGAGGUCAACAUGGCUCUCGUCCACAAGCUGACCCAAUAUGUGGCUCAGGCGGAGCGAGUCAGUGCGGGCCGCGGCCGCGUGCAGAACAUCUACGUGCGUCUGAUGGACCUUACCACGCUGAAGCGUCAGGAGGUGCUGAUGUACCGCGCGCUGCUGCUGGACGCCUCUGAACACACGGAGCAGCUCCGGUCACAGAUGAAGUUGAUGCGUCGGAGCAUGGCGGACCUGAUCCGCAGCGACUCGCUGCACGAGCUGCUGUCGGAACAGUUUACUGACGAGGUGGAGGAGGAGCUCGUUCUCCUGCAGGACAGCGUCACGCAGACGCAGGCCGAGACGGAGAAAAAGAAACAACAGCUGCGUCAGGUGGUUCUGCGUAAGAACAAGGCCGUGCAGCUGGAGCGGCGACUGCGGCAGCGCACCGACCCGCUGCGCCGGGAGCUGGGCCGACUGGGGACGCUCACUGCCGACGCACAGGAGUCUACCGAGGACCGAUACAGGUCGUUCGCCACCCUGACCCAGCGCUGGUCGGAGGUCCAUGAGAAGGUACAGACGGCGCGCAUCUCGGUCAGGAACACGAUGCAUCUGCUGGAUACCCACGUUCUGGAGCAGCUGGAGAUGGAGGGCGAGGCAGCAGAGAUGGACAUCAGUCCUCUAAUUCAGGAGAUCCAACUCCUCGAGGAAGAGCUGAAGGUGGCCAAGAAGAGGGAGCACGAGGCGCGGGGCCGGCACGCCGACCUGCGCCGGCGCCGGCAGUCGCUCACCUCCGACCGGAACAAGAUGCGCGUCACGGUGGCCGACACACUCGACUCCAUCAGCGGCGCGCUCAAAGACAUGGAGAACAUGGAGGCCGACCAUCUGACGGUGAUGACUCUGCUGAAGGAGCAGAUGGAACUGGCCAACGAGAUGCUGGUCACGUCGCGCAGGAAGCUGGCCGAAAUCAACAGACUUCAGGGUAUCGUCGACCUGGACCUCGACACCCUGCGGGAGCGGGUCGGCGCCCUGUACAGCAGCCUGGUCAGCAGGCAGCAGGAGACGGACGCCAUCCUCGCCGACGUGCACGCGCGGACGGAGGGCGCCCUGAAGGUCAGGGACACGCUGAAGGAAGUGACAGAGGAGGAGCUGGACAUCCUACAGCACCUGCAGGUGGUGGUGGCCGAGCUCAAGGACGGCAAACAGCCCGCCAUCCUGAAGGCGCAGGCGCGUCUCGAGCACCUCUCCUCCCAGACGAAGAAGCUGGAGGAGCUGAAGGAGCGCCAGACGGAGCGGCUGGUGGAGCAGCGGGCCCGGACUGCCGAGCGGGCGCAGCAGGCGGCAGAGCUGCAGCAGCAGGUCGAGGAAAUGGAGCUGCGCAAAAGGGACCAGGAGCUGGAGAAAGCGGAGCUCAUAGAAAAGCGGAGGCAGAAGACGAGCGAGAUCGCGGGCUACCGCAGCACGGUGGAGAAGACGCAGAGCUCGUACGCCGAGCUGAGCCAGCGUCAGUCGCUGGAGCAGCUCCAGCAGGAGGAGCUGAUCGUGGUGCUGCGCAGCUGGUGCCGCCAGGUGGCGCUCUGUAACGGCGGAUACCAGCUCGAGAUAUCGCGGAUGGAGCGUGAACUGAAGGCGUUCUAUGAACAGCUGGAGAGGAACGUGCAGCAGGAGAUUGAGCUCAGUCGGGUCAAAAUGCAGGAGGCCGAAACGGAGCUGCGACAGCUCACCAAACUCCACAACCAAAAGAACGCCGAAUCUCUGGAGCGCGACUGGCAGCUGCGGGCCGCCCUAUUAGCCACCUCUCAGGCCGCCGAACGGUCACUGAAGCCCGUCCAAAAGGCCAUGGCGGGACUGGACGUGGAGCGACGCAAACUCGUCAAAAUGGUUGGCAUUGCUGUCGAUAUGCGACCAUUCAGCAAAGUGGAGAUCAAGAUUGAGCAGCCAGUCUGUCCGCUGCCAAAGGAUGAUCUGUAGAGGAACUGAAGGGGACAAAGGAGGGCGUUAAGAGGAUCGAUGGGCGACGGAGGACCAACCAGAGUCAUCAAGAGUUUGGCUCACUCGGAAUGAUAUACGAGUGAGAACGGAUCAGGGACGACGUGACUAUCAUUGGAAGUGUGAAAUAUGUAAUGUGCUGUAGACUGUUGACUAUGCGAUGUGUUCAUGCUUUUUGGUCACUGGGCAAUGCAUUUGAUCAAUGGCGUGUCUGUAUGAUCUCGUCACAGAAGCAAUCUAGCUACCGAAACAAGCGCAUCUAAGGUCAAUGCAUGUAUUAUUGAUGGCAAUAUUUGUACUCUUUCUGAAUUCGAAAAAAAUGAUGUAAUGGACAUAAUCUACCACAAAACGGCAUCACCGGCCGAUAUCACAGUAUCGCCUACUCCCCUGAGGAGCACAGCGCAAACCGCUCCGUAUCCUCAUUCCACAACAGCGUCUCCUCUAGGAAGCAUCACCGUACGACAUCGGCGUACAAGCUGAAGGAACUUCACAGCACCAGGAUUGUACUUCGCAAGCGUAGAUCCGCGUCUGCGUCCACCUCCCAUAAGUGCGACGUCAAUUUAUCGGACAUCAGACGCCCUACGCCACGUCCGUUUCUCGUCUGUACUGACUUCUGCAGCGGAGUCUGUACUGACUCCGCUGCAGCCAGGCGGCCCAGUGGCGCCCUAGACCACGUCUGUCUCCCGUCUGUAUUAUAGCAGCCGCAGACGCCUCAGAUCACGUCCGUCUCUCGCCUGUACUGGAGCAGCCGCUGCAGCCAGGCGGCCCAGUGGCGGCGACACUCGGCCGGGGAGAGCACGUGGACGGUGGCCGGUCGGCCCGACUCGUAGGCCACCACCACGGCUGCCCGGUCCACCUGACGGCAGGGCCGGAAAGGCGUCACGUCACGGAAGAGCGUCAUGGGCUCAAGGCCGGGCAGGCAUCACGUCACGGAGAGGCGUUACGCAUGAGUGUUAUGCAAAACUAUCCGCUCUGGAUGGUCGAUUACGUUACCCAAUACAAGGGUUGAGAGGAUAAGCGAAA